AGGAAAAAGGCAAUGAUGGGCAGGUGCUGCCGCCUAGCGCCGAAACAGAAACGGCAAGCGCAAGCCGCGAGAAAACGCCCCCGGUGAAUGACGUAAAAGUAACCACUCCCUUGUCUCUGUCCCCACUCAAAGCCGGGUAUUACUAUUACAGUUUCCAUGGCGAUGACCCGGAUCUACAAGGUUUUGGUGACAAUGGAAAUAUUUAUGCAAAUGGCGACAUAGUCCGCGCCUAUAAUUUGGAGACUGGUUCAUUAGACCACAAGAGAUUGAGUAGGUCUUUAAAACGAAUGGUAUCUGAGAUCAAGGAAAUCCGAGGUCAGGACAACACAGACACAGAAAGUGCCCAGAAUUCAUCAGGGAGUGUAUCAGUAGAUGGCAUUGCAACAGAGCUACGUGACGUAACGUGAGACCACGUGCUCGUAAACUUAACAAAAUGACAACUGUUGAAAAUACGUUUUUUUUUAAAGUAGGUAGGCCUACAUGUAACCCGGUGCAGUGAACUAAUACAUGAAUGUGCUGUCAGCUCUUUUUAUAAUAUAUAAAAUG